AUGAUGCCCUUCAAUGGGUUACCGCAGCCGGCCUCGCCUGCGCCGCCUCUUGUGGCGGAUCCUCCCGAUGCAGCUCCCCGGCCACAGCUGCGGCUGAUACGGCCACAAGCCCCACAUGACAUCACUGAGUGCGCAGGGCAGCAGUUGCCGUCACCGAGCCGCUCCGCAGCCUUUCAUGCGAACCCCGCGCCCGGUGACCUCAGCGCCGACAAUGAAGUCAGCGCAGCGGCAGCGCUGCUGAUUCAGAUGCGCCACCAGAGCAUCAAUCUACCGUACGUCGAUGCUGGCGAAGAAGUCUUAUGUCUCUCUACGGGCCCUGCGGGAAGCGGCGGCGGCGACAGCGGCGACGGUGCGGCAGAGGCCGCGUCAGAGGCCCGUGGAGGUCGCGGAGGAGGCGGAGGCGGUUCGGAGGAGGCGCCGCUGGAGGACAUGGAGGUCGUCGAGCUGCCUGUGGACGUGAGCUCAAUGGUAGAUGUUGGUGGUGGCGUCUACGUGACGCCGUCUACUGCGGGACCAGGCAUUUCCUUCCGCUCCCUCAGCGGCCGUCAACAGGACGGCUUCGGUGUUCUGGCCUUCGACAACGUUCCCCGCCGGCCUCGCUCGCAGGUCGGCCGGCAGCCGCCGGAGCCGACAGCAGCCCAUUUGAAGCGCCUCAGUGCUCUGGCCACACAGCCGAGGGCUUCCGCAGUUGCGGCGGCGGCGGUGCCGGCGCUGUUGCCCGGGACGUUUGGGGGCGGCCAGCUGCCGUUCGGCGCGGCGGCCGCUGGCCAGCAGCUGCUCGGGUUGGCGGACCCGUUGUCGGCGGCUGUUGCCGCUGCGCUGGCGGUCACCGACCCGGCGGCGGCGGCAGCGUGGAUGGCUGGCGGCCGCCUGGCUCCUGCGUUGGCUUCCGUACUCGCAACGCAUCUGGCACCGCGUAUACCUGGGGCGCACAUAGCGUCUGGUGCCGCCGCCGCUGCAGUCGGAUUAUCAGGGCCAAAUAGCUCCAGGGGCGCGGCGCCAGGAGGCGGUACAGGCGCAAGGCAGCGGCAACCGCUGCCGGCGGCCGAGCACGACGACACGAGUAUCAACAGCGAGAGCAGUGCUGAGGACUCCCGACACUUUCGCUCCCGUGGGGCCACACGCACGCCCACACCGCAGCUCAGCGCGGGCACGCUGCCCCUGGGGUCUCAGCCACACCAGCAGCAGCUUAAAGCUUCGCAGCUCUUGUCGUCAUUGCAGCAGCAGCAGCACCACCACCAGCAACAACAGUCGAGACCAGCGACGGGGCGGUCCGCAGGCGCCUCCCGCAGGAAAACGCGCCCCGCCUCCGAUCGCCAGCGGCCAGGAUCAGCCGGUUCCGACCCUAGCUUCGAGGUGCGCGGCCGGGAUGGCGACAAUGGCGGCGGCGGCGGCGGUGCUGCCGACGCGCCCCCCCCUGGCGCCUCCGCCGCAUCAUGGCAGCCGCCUCCUCGGCCUCCUCGGAAUCACAAGGGCCCGCUGCUGUGCGCCAACUGCGGUACCACACAGACGCCGUUGUGGAGGAAGGACCGGGUCACUGGCGACACGGUGUGCAACGCAUGCGGCAUUUACAAGCAAACGCACGGCUUUGACCGGCCCGUCGGCGGACGGCAGCCGGCGCCACAGCAGGCCUCCGGCAAACGUCACGCAGCAUUACGCACGGUGCCCACUUUAGCUCCGACGGCUGGGGGAGCAGCAGCUGGCAGCGGCGUCGGCGGGGCCUCGUCGCGUGGCGCUCCUCGCUCGCCAUCGCCGCAACCGUCGCGCUCGCCAUCGCGGGUGAGCGCACCAUGUCCGCCGCCUCAGCCGCCACCUACAGCACCUUCCACCGGCGCCACACUCGGGGAUGGUAGUCUCCCGGAAUUAGUGAAAACAGACGAGGAGGACGUGGCGUCAGCAAGCCAGCAGCCGCUGCGCGUCGCCGCAGCCGCUGCGGCUGUAGCAGCAGCGGCUGUAGCAGCCGCAUCGGCAGCGGCCGCGACGCCUGCGUGGUCUGCACAGGGCGGUCCCGGCGGCGCCGCCGCCGGGCCGUGUCGCGGCAAGCAGAUACGGCUGUCACUGCAGCGCGAUAUUGCGGCGUCGGACGGCUUGGAACCGGAGCCCGAGUCUGAGGCACUUCUGGCAUCGUUAUGCGAGCGGGAAGCGCCGGCAAAGGCCAGGGAUGACGGCUUAGGCGUCGGCGUUGGCGGAGGGCCCAGUAACAAUUGCAUGCGCCGUUCCAUACCAUUGCCUUGCCGUACAGCCUCAGGGGGAAACGGCGACCCUGACGGCGGAAUCGCCGUUUCGCCGCUGCGGCUGGACGUUGCCGCCGCCGCGGGCGCUGCCGCUUCGUCUGGCAUGAUGCGUGUGUACGAGGCCCGGACCCCGGAGACAGCCGCCCCGUCAGACGAAGGCGCUCUUGCGCCACAGCAGCCCCAGCUCCUGCGCGGCAGUUCUCUCCGUGAUUGGCUGCCGUACGGCGUGUACCAGCCCGCGGCGGCAGCUGUACCGCCGCCGCCGCCGCCGCUGCCUUCGCAGUCACUUAAGCGGCAGCGUGAGGACUGGGAGGUGCAACCGGCGCUGUCCCCGCAGGUCCCAACGGAAAGUGGGGAGAGCCGCGGGGCGCUCCAAGAGGGGUCACGUGUGCCGUCUAACGGUGCCCGGCUGCAGCAGCAGCAACAGCGGCCGGCAGGCUCAAGCUACAGCGCAGAGCAGCUGUCUGAUACUGGCGGCGAAGGCAGCGAUGUCGCCGGCGCGGCAGCAGCGGCAGCGGCGGCGGCGGCGGCGCUUAGAACUCGUGGGGCCGUGGACGCCUGGGAGGACCAAACACGCUGCCUUGAGGGAGAAGGAGAGGGCGGGACGUCAAUGGCUGGCGUGUUGCCAGCGGCUCUGCCGCCGCCGAGACCACCGGUGCCGCCGCCGCCGGCGUCGCCGCUGUUGCUGCUCCUGCCACCCAAGGUGAAGACCGAAGGGCCCGAAGGGAGAGAAAGGGACCUUGCGGCUGCCGACGGAGGGGGCGAUGCGGCUGCGGCGGGCCCAUCAAUGCCGUACUCUGAGCCGGAGGAGGUACCAGAGCAGGGUGUAUGCGAGGCUGCACGCCCGCCAUCACAGCAGCAGCAGCAGCCGAAGCAGCAACCGCAACCGAAGCAGCGCGCAGUGACGGCGCCGCGGUCGGGCUUUACGGCGAUGUCCGUAGCGUCAGAUGACUUGACGACGUUUGGAGACCUUGUGAGGCUGCGGCCCAGGGCGACUCCGGAGCUUCGCAGCGACGAGGUGACAGAAUGGGAGCAAUCAAGGCAGAGGGAGGUUCGGCAGCUGCGGGAGCGACAGACGGGUCAUUGGGAGGAUCACCACCACUACCAUCACCACCACUGGCAGGGGGAGUAUUCGGCCAGGGCGCCUGGAGUGCACGUGCCGGGCCCGAUGGCGCAGUGGCCACAGAAAGACGAAGCCGAUGCGCGGCCGGCGGCAGCGGCGGCAGCUGCCGUACAAUACUCUGCAACCGUCAGGCGUCCUGCUUUGCCGCCAGGCAACCUGGUGUGUGUCCGGCUGCCAAAUGGCCGACUGGCGUACCUGCAGGCUAUGGCGCCGCCACCGCAGCCACCGCCGCGGCAGCUGCUGGCGUACGGCAGCCGUGCGGUCGUUGAAAUGUCCGCUGGGGGGUUUCCUCUUCGCCAAGAAGUGUCGGGGGUGUCGCGGGGAUGGGACAGGUGGCAGGAGCAGCCGCACGGCGGUGAGGAGUCCGACCAAGAGCAUAGAGUUAGCGGUGGUGGCGAGAACAGCGACAGCGGCGCGAGAUGGGGUUACGGUACCCAGCAGCAGCAAUCGCAGCAAUGGCAACAGCAGCAGCGCCGCUCUAGACGGGAUAGUGAGUCUGCGUGGACGGCGGCGGCAGCAGCAACGGGUACGAGAAUGCCGUACCGGCCGGCGCGCCAUGAGGAAGACGAGAAUGAUUAUGGCGACGCCGCGGCAGUCGGCCGUUCCACGGCCGCAGCAGCGGGUACGACAUCGGCGGCGGCGACUUCCUUGGCAGCAGCCACGAGCGCGGCUCGGGUCCCAAGGAAGCUGGUGUUGAGCGCCGAUGCCGACGGGACGGCAGGGACCGGAUCCGUCUACAUCACCGGCCAGGAUGCCGAUCAGCAAUCACAACACAGCGACCACAGUGACAACGGCGGCUGGGGCCGCCGCCGUGGCGGCGGCGACAGCAGUGGCUGCCCGGAAGGCGAUCUGGAACAAGCAGUGGGAAGUUCCAGAGCUUUGUGCACGACGGCACAGCUGCAGCAGCAGCAACAAGAACAUUCCGAGCCGGGGCGGCAGAUCGUGACGGCAGCGGCGGCAGCAGCGGUAGAGAACCUCGCCUUACGGCAGUACGUCGAGCUGUACGAGCAAGCGACGGCUGACCCGCAAGAAGAGCUCAUGGCAUGGCAGCGGCGGCGCCAACAGCGGGCAGCGGCGGUGGUCACUGCCGCUGCCACAGCAGCGCAAGGCAUCCUGUCGUACCGGCCGCCAGCGGAUGGCGAGCUUUCGAAGUACGAUCUGUAUGGCGACACGACGUCCGCAGAUGGAGGCGGCAGCGGUAGCUUUUCGCGGCCGUCACCCAGCCCCGCCGCGACACAGCCCGACUUUGACGGUGCGGCGCGGCGCAGCUACACCGGAACGAUAGUCGACAGGGACUCGUACGGCCACCGGCCCCGAAACCACUCGCACCAUCAACUGCCUAUCGAGCCAACCAACCGCCAGCGUGGUUUGGAGCGCCCCGAGGUCCUGGACGCCGAGUUAGGGCCCAUGUACGGCCGCGGGGAGUUGGCAGUGGACGAGCAUCCCGGGCUGUUGUACGGCGGAAUGCUGCCGCCAGUCCAGGCUUCCUACGUGGGCAUGCGCGGUGGAACUGACCCUCGUCCGGCGUCACCGUUGCUGCCGCCAUCGCAGUCCGAGGGACACCCGAACUCGCACGCCCACCUGGUUUCCCACCCGCACCCACACCUCCGCCACCACACACACCCGCACCCGGCGGGGGUGUUCCUGCCAGGUCCUCCUUUCGUCGUUGCUCGUCGGGGGCCUUACCCGCAGCAGCACGCGGCGGCGUUGCCGCCGCGACCCCUGGGUCAUUCGGCUGCACAGCUUGCAGAUGGACCUGACGGGCCCCGGCAGCAGCAGCAGCAGCAGCCACCGUCCAGCAGUGGUGGCCUCCAAGCGGCUGCAAAGCACUACCUUUCAGCGCCGGCAGGGCCCAGAAGGUCCUCGGGGACGGUGGUGGAGGGCGGGCGCAGCGGGGCAGCGGCGGUGACGUCCGAAGCGGCGGCGACUCAGCCACCAUAG